AUGACCCGAACCAGUCGGAAGCUACCCAAAGAGUGAGGAUUUUGUGGAGAGGAUGGAUAUUUAUUGUGUUUUCAGGGAGAUUUGGUGUUUUUCUAUUUCCAUUAUGUUACAGUUGCUUUCAGAUGGGAUUUCUUGAUAAAAUUGGGAUUUUCUCCCUGGUUUUAUCGAUAUUUUUUAUGUAAAGGUUCGGAAGGGGAAUGUUUAUUGAUUCGGCUCCCCUUUCGAAUUGACAUAAUGUCUUUGUCGUUUUCGGCGACCUUAAUUUGCAUUUUCUAAGCCUUUAUUUUAGAAUAAUCUAUUGUCUUGAUGUUUGAAGCUCCCGAAUGAAUUUAGAUCUUCGUUAUUGUAACGUAGAUGAUAUAAGCUCGUUGUGUCUUGUUUUUUAUAGAUAUUUGCAUUGAGUUAUUGCUGUUUCUAAUCCAUUCUUUUCAGAUGGGCGAGGUACGAGCCGAUCGGAAAAGUGGUGGAAGGAACGAGGAUAUUCGCCUUCAAAACCCCGUUGUGCCAUGAGUUGUGUUGUAAAUACACGAAGAGCAAACGAUUUACAGUCCAGGAUUUUUAUCGAACCGUAAGUUGCUUCGUUGUUUUUAUUUUGUUGGCUUUAGCUUGUGGAUAAUGUAAAAUGUUAAACGAAUUACUAUUUUUAUUACAAGAAAUGCUCUUGUUUGCUGAAUUCCGUAAUUCCAGACGUUAUUCGGUGGUAUUGAUGUUGGGUUGGUGAUAAAUGCAACGAAUACGCAGAGGUAUUAUGAAAAAGCGGAAGUGGAGAUCUUGGGAAUUGAAUACGUCAAACUGCCUAUGCAUGGUCGAAGUUUUGUAGAGAGCGAUUCGGUGGUCAAAACAUUCAUUAGAUCGAUUGACGACUUCCUGGAACGGAAUAAAGACAACAGUGGGUUGAAGUUAUAUUAUACAUGGCAUUCACCUAGAGAAGUUGAUUAAAGACUUUACUUAUAGAUAAACUGAUUGGAGUUCACUGUACUGAUGGGGUAAAUCGAUCGGGCUACCUGAUUUGCCGAUAUCUCAUUGAUCGGUUGAGCUUAAGCUCGCACAAUGCUUUAAACGGUUAGCUGAAUAUCAAAGUAAAUUAUGUUUAUAUUUUUAGUGGUUGAAACUGCCAGAGGAUAUACAAUAGAACGAGGAGCGCUUAUUCAAGCUGUCCACAGAGCCGACAGGGAGCGGAGGCUUCGGAAGUAUGUUUUUUACUUUUUUUAUCCUGUUUUUAGGUAACUAAACAUAGUUCAUAUAAAAUUUUUCCAGAAAACGGCCAAAUAUUGAAAGUGACGGCGAAGAAGACGAACGAGAAAAGCGAAAGAAGAGAAAACGACAAGCCCUCAAACAGGAAAACAACGCUUUGGAUGACACCCAUGAACAGAUUGAUCAGGAUACCCUGGCCCAAAUUAUGCAGCUAGAACAAACCCUUUCGUCGCAGCACACUCAGAGCGUCUCACAGAAUGAGUUCCCACAUCAAUAUUUUGAAGAGCAAAAUCAGAAACGAGUCCAAUCGAGUCAUUUCCAACUUCAUCAACAAUACCAACAAUUUGUUCAGAAUCAAUCCGGAACCAGCAGUCCUUAUGUUGAUAGCCCGCAAAUGGAAGAGGAUGAGUUUGAAGAUGAUGAGGAACAGACAAUCGUAAGUCUUAUUUAUUUAUUUUUUUAUUUUUAGGUAUUAAUUUAUUAUACAUGACAUUUUUGAUCCAUAAGUUUAUUUUGAUCCUUUCAGGACAUCUCAACUCUCGGAAAAAUUGAUGUUGUGGAAAUGUCAACGGCCCAGCGUCGCCGCCAACGUCGCAAAAAGCUUGAGAAAAAGUUUGACGUCCAAAAACGAGGGAGAUUUUGGGAAAUCAACGAACUGAACAAACAGUAA